AUGACCGAAAUCACCAAGCAAUACGAGCAAGACAUCCGCGAUUACGCCCAGGUCUCGGAGCCCAAGAUCGCCGAGGCCGGCCGGAUGGGCGAGUCGAUGCUGUGGAAGAUUUCGAGCAAGAGUUCGCGAGACAGCCUCAUUUCAAGUAUUUACUACAAAGUGAAGCGCCUGGCGGAUUCCGUUGAGUGGGGCCUGACUAUUGAUAUCCCGAAGGCGAGGGAGGAGCUGGAGAAGGAGAUCGCGAGGGCUUCUUAA